AUGGGGAACUCGCACUCCGCCGAGGCACCAUGGAGGGGUCAACGAACGACUCAGAAGCUUUCAAAACCCAAGACGGGCAACCCUACCGCAGCUGGCCUGUUAAGCCCUCUUGGUCCCUCGAACUCGGCGCGUCCUUCUCCCGUAGCGAGACGUCUCUCACUUCCGCAUACUUCCUCCUCACCUACCAUUUCGCCAAUUCUUCCUGAGACGAAUCCCACCGCGACAGCGAACGUACCGGGCGACAAAAAGAGUUCGGGGCUUGGAAGCCGUCUAUCGAGGGGGCUCUUCCGUUCCAAUACCUCCAAGGAAUUUCGGAUCCGCCGUCAUACGAGCAGUAGUGUAGAAGUGCCAGUUCCUCAGCAAGAACUCUGGUCGAGCGGGGCGGAUUCGUUUAGAAAUGGGCCCGGGGACGGCUACAACCAUAGCCAGGCUCAUAUUCAAGGGAGUUUGUCGAUGAACGUAUCACGAUCCUCGUUUAGUAACUAUGAGCCUGGCACAUAUGAAGCGCAGAGAUUGCUGAAUCUUGUGGAAGUACCGUCUCAUGAAGACCAGUCGGUAGUUUCGGAGAAUCAAAUGCACAUUUCUGAGGCGGUGCAAGCAGAAUUUAGGGGCCGACGACCCUCCAUCCCUGAGGUAACGACUACAAUAACUCGAAAUGGUUCCGAGGUGUCUUUAUAUACUCCGAUGCGAAGACGGUCUUUGAUGACUCCGGGUGUUGCUACCCGCGAAGUACGAGCAGAUCCAGGCCCUUCAAAACCGAGAGUGAGACAUAGCCUUCCCUCUACUCCAUCACGCCGAGAGUCUAUGGAAUCGAUGGCCAUUGGAUCGAGCGGCUUUCUCUUACUAGAAAACCCGGAAUUAAUACCCCGUGCUCUUACACCCUGUGAGGCAGAGUAUAAGCAAACAGGUGCUUUCAGACUUGGCACUCUUCGAAUCACGAAUGGUAGCCCUGCUCGGAGCCCAGUCCGUGACCCUAAGAGCGAUAUCAAACGCGAUGGUCAUAGCGAAUUGUCAAAUAAUGAGCUGAAAGAGGAUUAUUUUGGAACGGAAAAAUCGCCUUCAAAUGGCAAUACCAAGAUGGACUUGAAUGCUAUUCAGGAAAAAACUGAACUCCUAACAACCGAACAAUUAGACAGCACAGUUGUCCCGUCUCUUCCCAGCAUAGCACAUUCUACAACCGCUACUCAGCCUCAAGUUUCUUCCCAGAUUGUAUCUGAACGUCAGAUGGGCCCGCCAUUGUCUAAUGACGAGACGUUGAAAAUUCCGCAGAUACAAGUGACUAGCAAGCAUACUGCCGCCGAAGAUAGGUUGUUUGACGACGACCAGAAUGAAUUUUCUUCGGUUGAGGUUCUAGACGUGCGAAUUGACCCGAAUGCAAAACCUGCACCCCCACGUCCGAAACCGAUGCCGGAAAGGAAGGAAAUCAAUAGAUCGGAUAGCGGCAUUGCGAGUCCAGGCUCGGAGUACUCGGCUGCACCUUUAUCGAAAGCGGACUCAGGCUAUAGCUCAAAUGUUUCCCUCCGCUCAUUUUCUACGAGACCGUCAGCUGCCGAGAAAGAUCGUAAUUCAGAUAUUGAGGUUGACGUACUGAAUAAUGGUACGAGGUCAACUGUACAUAUUAGGGAGCCUGAACUCAGAAGUCCAACCACUGCGGUGAAUAAUGCCGUUUCUCCGUCACCUCUUGACGGGAUAUCCCCUCCACCAGUCCCGGAAAAAGAUCCGCAUCUCAUGGCCCUUGCCAGUCCAAAAACACUAAACGAACGAUCCCCGUCUUCUCCACAAAGUCCUAGGUUCAUGAAUAACACCAAAUACAACCAACUGCCAGAGAGAACCCUAUCGCCAAGUAGCGCCCGUGGCCAGGUUAGUCGUAGUAUCGGAAGCCGACAAUUCGUUUCGAUGAACCCAAUCACCUCUAACUCUCCCCUCAGCAUUAGCACCGGUUUUCGAAAGCCUGGAAAACUCCAGAGAUUCCUGAGUGGAAAUCGAACUUCUCUAGUUGUUCACAAUACACACUCUAGCGAUUACGCAAGUGUACCUGUUGUCCCAGGAGAUUUGCAGGAGAAACUCCAAACACAUGCGGGGAUGAUGCCAAUUUCGUUUAGGAGAUUAGCUCUAAAAUCUGCUGCUAGCAAAGAGACUCUUGGGACCAUCCUUAGUGUUGGAAGCGCAGAGCUGCUUCAGGAUGACGAUGUAUCCCCAACUAAUCGAAGUCAAGGAACUUCAAUUCCGCUUGGGUCAACAAUUGCAAACCCUCGUCCAACCUCCGUCAAGAAGCCGAUUCCUCGAAAACCUGUGCCUAUGCGUGUCAGGGAUGUUAAUACGGUAGAGGUCUCUGCCAAAGCUUCAGACGUAAGCUCACAAGCUUUGUCGCCCCGUGGUAACGCGGGAGAAGCUUAUAGUUUACCUGGUAUUUCCGCGACAGGCAGAAGAUCGAGAUAUUCCGCACCUAUUCCUAGGCUCAAUAAAGCGAAUACCAUGACAAGUGGGAUAGAGGAAGACUUGGGAAUGUUGUAUGCUGAUAUGGGGCAUGAUAAUGGAUUUACACAAGGAAAAUCUUACUCAACGACGUCCCUUGCGCUUCCAUCAGCGCCCAACGUGAAAUUGGCAAAAAGUCCACCCCCAGUAAGCAUGAGAACUCGGAACAUGGGACCUCUAAGAGUUGCUCCGCCUGCAAGAUCCCAAUCUACCCCUCCCGAGAACAUGAUAAGGCUGGGGCGGUCUCAGUCUUCUCGUAGAGGAAGCCGGGAUGGGAGUUUUAAGGGACCUGGAUUUGACGGUGGUUUCGCGCCGAAUCACUCUUUAGGGCCCAGAUCUAGCCGUGAGAGUUUUCGCAAUCCACCCUCUGUGCAGGCUUAUCCACAUGCUGAUAAGCCUUCCACUGGGCAUAUGAGCCUUGGAGCAGAACCAACGCAGGCCCGAGCUCCAAAUUGGGACGUUCGGGUAGAUCAUGGCCCUUCGCUAUCUCGACAACCUUCAACUGAUUCUAGCCGUCGAAGUUCCUUGGUCAGUCAAUCAAGUCAAAGAACAUCAGCAAGCAUAGGACCAGGCUUCUUCCAGCACCAGCAUCACUCACAGCCCAAUCUUUCAGCACUUCAUCGUAGGUCGAGCUAUGACGAAUACAAUAUCGUGCCGCAAGAUAGCUGUAUUCGGGACAACGGUCCCUACCCAUCGAUUUCCCGCAAUGGACAAUCAUACGUGUCAGAUCCUUGGAGUGGACGUUCAAUGUCGAUGCCACAGCAAUGGGAUCAACAGUGGGACCAACCACAUCGAGAGCCUCAGUAUACACCUCGACCUCACUAUCGACGUCGAAGUGUGGAUCAGUACGGGAACCCCACCCCUUACCGAAUCCUUCACUCCUAUAAUUCCCCUGCAUAUCGCCAUGUUCCUAUUUGGAGAUGA